CUGACGCUGCGCACAUCGCAGGCAGGUGAGAGAUUGACGUCAAGUCGGAUGAAAACGGCUGUGUAGAAUAAAUCUGCUCCUCUGUUCUACCGGAAUACCUCGCUGUUUGAGGACUGUUCAUAGAAAGUGAGCAGAAAUCCAGGAUUGUGAUCAAAAUGAUGGUUGGACGGAGAGAGCGGUCUGUUGAAGGGAUCGUCCUCCUUCAACGCCAGACGGUGAAAUAACACAACAACCGGAAAUGGCGAGUGAUCGGGUGGCCAUCCUUACGGAUGAUGAGGAGGACCAGAAGAGGAAAUAUGUUCUGUCUGAACCAUUUAACACUCUGUCCCUGGGGCAGGUGGCAAACACUACACUGUCCGGUCAAACAGCACCACCUGCCCCCAACAACACACUCCCUUCUCAGCCCACUCAGAGUAUGGACUGCAUGGAGAGGUGCUGUGUGCGAAUAGACAAUCAUCUCUUGAUUUCCAAGGUCUUCUACUUCUUCUUUUACUCCGCCUAUGGCUCUUUACACCCCCUGCUUGCCGUGUACUACAAGCAGCUGGGAAUGACACCCAGCCAAAGUGGCCUGCUAGUUGGGAUCCGUUAUUUUAUUGAGUUUUGCAGUGCGCCUUUCUGGGGAGUAGUGGCGGACCGCUUCAAGAAAGGAAAGGCGGUGUUGCUAUUUUCUGUACUCUGCUGGGUGAUCUUUAACUGCGGAAUUGGCUUCGUCAAGCCAGCUGCUAUGACCUGUGUCAGUAAGGACCCUACUGUUGAGGCACCAAACAAUUUUACAAACUAUACGCAAACUGGUAACCGUACCAGACAACGAAGAUACUUGAUUGAGGAUAUGUACUCUGCUCCUCCACUUUCUCAGCCAAUAUUAGAAGCAUAUGAACCUCACUCUAGAUACAUUCGAAGUGCAAAUGUAAAUACCACAGGCACUCCCUCUGGAAACUCCACUGAGAAUCCUGUUGGCGUUUCGAUGCCUUCUAACUCGACAAUAGUGUCGCCCCGUACCUCAACACUUGCGUCAAAAUCUACCUCGACAACUGAAACACAAGCUACCACUGCCAAACUCAAAGAGAAUAUCAUAGUCUUUAAUAAGGAGCAAGUAGAUACUAUAUUUCUCUUGAUCCUCUUGGUCAUUAUUAUUGGCGAGUUCUUCAGCGCCCCAGCUGUGACAAUUGUGGACACGGUCACUCUUCAGUACUUGGGCCAACAUAGAGAUCAUUAUGGACUCCAGAGAAUGUGGGGAUCUCUGGGAUGGGGUGUCGCUAUGCUGUCAGUGGGCAUCUGGAUCGACCACACACACAUCACAAUCUUCAUCCAGGGUUCGGGUUGUGACCAGCCCGACUACAAAAACUACCAAAUUGCAUUCAUAGCUUUUGGAGUCCUGAUGACCGCAGCACUUAUUGUGGCAACGCAGUUCCACUUUGACAAUAGGGUUUAUCGGUCAGAUGAAGAAGAGUAUAAGGAGGAUGUGGAAAUACCUCAAGUCCCACCAGAGUCCAGUUCAGAUGAUGCACCCGUGUGCUCAGAAAGCAACCCACAACCUUUUCCCUUCAGAGAUCUCUUCCGGAUCAUUUGUGGCGUUCGCUAUGGUACGGUUCUCUUUGUGGCCUGGUUCAUGGGGUUUGGUUACGGUUUCGUGUUCACCUUCCUCUACUGGCAUCUGGAGGACCUGAAGGGAACCCCCACUCUCUUUGGCAUCUGCUCGGUGCUCAGCCAUGUGUCUGAGCUGGCGGCUUAUUUCAUCAGCCACAAACUCAUUGAGCUUGUUGGACACAUCAGAGUCCUUUAUAUCGGACUGGCCUGCAACACUGCACGCUAUCUGUACAUCUCCUACCUGGAGAAUGCAUGGAUAGUUUUACCCAUGGAGGUGCUUCAAGGUUUGACACAUGCAUCAGUGUGGGCGGCAUGCAUCUCGUAUUUGAGCGCUGCUGUUCCUCCAGCUCUGCGCACGUCAGCUCAGGGGAUCCUGCAGGGGCUGCACCUGGGGCUGGGGAGAGGCUGUGGAGCCAUGCUAGGAGGAGUUUUUGUGAACUUCUUCGGUGCUGCAGAAACCUUCAGAGGCCUCGGUAUGGCCUCUCUGGUCACAUUACUUGUCUUCUCUCUGAUACAGUGGCUGUUAGGUCAGAACGAGGAUAAAAAGGGCUCGAUGUUGGCUGAGAACAUCCCAGUUCCCUCCAGCCCUGUGCCUAUCGCCACUAUUGACUUAGUCCAGAACCAAUCUGCAUCUCAGCCAAAUCCCGAAUCAAAGACGCCUCCUAAGAAAACCAGGCAUCAGGAAGAGCAAGAAAAUGCCAACAAGCCGGCCUGGGUGGUGUCUGCUUCCCCCUGGGUCACCAUCGCUUUCGCCCUCUAUCAGAUCAGAGAUAUGGUUGCUUUGUCAAAGAACAACCACUGUGGUGAAAGUCAAGCCCCGCAGGAGACAAAUGAGCAAACUUCAGCGACGCCACCUGAUGAUGAAAACACAUCAUCGCAACCCGAUACAAUUAGUCCGGCAGAAUAUCUCUCACAAGAACCUACUACCAGUGCAUUCGUUCCUCAAAACACACAUCCUGUCCGUCCUCUGGAAGAACCGCCUCCAUCCACAGGGAGAAAAGAACCAGUAGAAAACUCAAUUCAAUUGCCAGGACAUUCCAAACAGCUGCCUCCAAUAGCACAACCACAAUCAACAAUCAAGUGAACUUCUUUGGGAAAUAGCCUUAUGAUUUAGACAUGGUAUGGGGUGUAAAAGAUGACAGCUGACAUUGGACCAAAAAUAUUAUGUUGGCCUACAGGUAUUCUACAUUAGCCGAGGCAAUAGAAUCAAUAUGCUUUGCACUGCCACAGUUGAUGUCAUGCAUUAGUUGCAAAGAGCUUGCAAGUCUUUGUACAGAAUGCUUGAAGAGUCAGUGCCUAUGAGGAAAUCUGCAUAUUUCUGAGUGAUAAAUUCUUAUAAUCCAACAGCAGAGGUGCUUCAGCAAAAUAUUCAUGGGACUUGCCAUUGCACUCUGUAUAAAAUGUAAUUUUGCUAUUCAUGCUUCCAUAUUACUUGACCAAAUUUAAAUAUAAAACAUCUACUCUGUAUUAAAUAAAAUGUUAAAGCCAUGCUCUGUUCUGUUAAAUAUAGUUAUCUGUAAAACCAAGUAGCUAAUACAAACCAUCAGAAGGUUGAUUUGCCCUAUAUGGUGUCUGAAAUCAUGUGCCU